AUGGCUCGAAAGCCAUAUUUCGGCCUGCAGGGCAAUGCCUUGCUGCGAGCAGCCAUCAUGCUGGUCGUUUGUCCGACGUUCACCUGUUACGGUUACAACAUGAGUGUGGCAGGUGGUUUGUUGACGCUGUCGGCUUUCAAUCAUCAGUUCCCCCGAAUGGACACGAUUAACACCACCGGUGUGGAGCAAAAAGACAACUCGCAAAUCCAAGGAACCGUCAUCGCUCUCUAUACAGUGGGUGGCAUCUUCGGCGCACUCUCCUGCGUCUACCUAGGUGAUCUGCUUGGGCGUCGCAAAGUCAUUUUCUUCACAAACCUCAUCUCCAUCAUCGGUGCCAUUCUCAUGGCAACAUCUUUUCAAUUUUCGCAAUUCAUUGUCUCUCGGCUCGUGCUCGGACUUGGAACAGGCGGCUACAUUGCAACGGUACCGGUCUGGCAGUCGGAAAUCUCUCCGGCUGAUAAGCGUGGCUCAAACGUUGUGACAGACGGCAUUUUUAUGGGUGUGGGUGUUACCCUUGCCUUAUGGCUUGACUUGGCAUUCUAUUUUGUGCAGGGGAGCUCGGUCUCAUGGCGCUUCCCGCUUGUGUUCCAAGUGAUUUUCUCGGGGACUGUAAUGGCAUUUAUCUAUUUCCUUCCUGAAUCACCCCGGUGGUUGAUCAUGACCGGUCAAAUUGACCCGGCGCGCUCUGUUCUGGCAGCUCUUCUUGAGGCUGAACCUGAUUCAGCAACCGUGACCGACAGUAUUGAGACCAUUGAGGCCUCUCUUUCUCUGUGCGGAUCUGGAAAGUGGACAGACAUGUUCACCAAUGGAAAACAGCGCCUUUUCCACCGCACGUAUAUCGCGGCCACUGGCCAGAUGUUCCAGCAGAUCUGCGGUGUCAAUCUCAUUACAUUCUAUGCCACCAACAUCUUCGAGCAGUACCUCGGCAUGGACCCUGUGCGCGCCCGAGUUCUAGCCGCUGCCAUGGGUCUCAUGCAACCCUGCGGUGGCUUCCUGGCGUUUUUCACCAUCGAUCGUCUGGGUCGCCGACCACUCAUGCUCUGGAGUGCCGGGGCAAUGGCAAUUUGCAUGGCUGGCCUUGCAGGGACAACGUCUCAAAAACACAACACCGGUGCUUUGGUCGUCGCUGUCAUCUUUCUGUUCGCCUUCCAGCUGAUUUUCACCAUCGGCUUUGCUGGAAUGACAUUCCUGUAUGCGGCGGAGAUGGCUCCACUUCAGAUCCGAGCCGCUGCGAAUGCGGUUUCCACCAGCACCGUGUGGGCCUUUACCUUUUUGCUUGCGCAGGUCACGCCCAUUGGUUUUGCGACCAUCGAGUAUCGGUAUUAUAUCAUCUUUGCCGUGCUCAAUGCGAUAAUUGUGCCGUCUAUCUACUUCUUUUUCCCGGAGACCAAGGGAUUUUCCUUGGAAGAAAUCGAUGCCAUCUUCGAGCAGUCAAAUAGCAUCCUUGAUCCACCUCGAAUCGCACGUGCCAUGCAACUGGCACAGUCCAGGAAGAUACUCUCAAAAGAGGAUGGCCUGGCGGCAGAUCAAAACGCCGUCAAAGAAACUAUGAACUGUUGA